AUGAAGGGAACUGCUGCUUCUGCCCUGCUUGUCGCUCUCUCCGCGACGGCCGCCCAGGCCCGUCCGGUGGUCGACGAGCGUUUCCCCUACACUGGACCUGCCGUCCCGAUCGGCGACUGGGUCGAUCCCACCAUCAAUGGCAAUGGCAAAGGUUUCCCUCGUCUGGUUGAACCCCCGGCCGUCAAGCCGGCCACCGCCAAUCCCAGGAACAACGUCAAUGUGAUUUCCCUGUCCUACAUCCCCAAGGGCAUGCACAUUCACUACCAGACCCCCUUUGGUCUGGGCCAGCUGCCUGCUGUUCGCUGGGGUAAGGACCCUCGCAACUUGAACAGUACUGCGCAGGGCUACUCCCACACAUACGACCGCACUCCCUCCUGCUCACAAGUCAAGGCAGUCACCCAGUGCAGUCAAUUCUUUCACGAGGUUAGCAUUGACGGUCUGGAGCCCGACACCACCUACUAUUACCAGAUUCCCGCCGCCAAUGGCACCACCCAAUCGGAUGUCCUCAGCUUCAAGACUAGCCGUCCUGCAGGUCACCCGGGCUCGUUCAGCGUCGCUGUGUUGAAUGAUAUGGGAUACACCAAUGCUCAUGGCACACACAAGCAGCUGGUCAAGGCUGCCACUGAAGGAACUGCGUUCGCCUGGCACGGAGGUGACCUCAGUUACGCCGAUGACUGGUACUCUGGCAUCCUAGCUUGCGCCGACGACUGGCCGGUCUGCUACAACGGCACCAGCUCAACUCUUCCCGGUGGUGGACCUCUUCCAGAGGAGUACAAGAAGCCCUUGCCAGCGGGCGAAAUCCCCGACCAAGGUGGCCCGCAAGGUGGUGAUAUGAGCGUGCUGUAUGAGUCUAACUGGGAUCUCUGGCAACAGUGGCUCAACAACGUCACUCUGAAGAUUCCUUACAUGGUCUUGCCUGGUAACCACGAAGCCUCGUGCGCCGAGUUUGACGGUCCUCACAACAUCCUCACUGCUUACCUGAACGACGACAUUGCCAACGGCACUGCUCCCACUGAUAACCUAACCUACUACAGCUGCCCGCCUUCCCAGAGAAAUUUCACCGCUUACCAGCACCGCUUCCGCAUGCCCGGUCCCGAGACCCGCGGUGUCGGCAACUUCUGGUACUCUUUCGACUACGGUCUUGCUCACUUCGUCUCCAUCGAUGGUGAGACCGACUUCGCCAACAGCCCUGAGUGGAACUUUGCCGAGGAUGUGACCGGCAACGAGACCCUGCCCAGCGAAAGCGAGACCUUCAUCACCGACAGUGGUCCGUUCGGUAACGUCAAUGGUAGUGUCCACGAGACCAAGUCCUACGAGCAGUGGCACUGGCUGCAGCAGGACCUGGCCAAGGUUGACCGCAACAAGACCCCAUGGGUGAUAGUCAUGAGCCACCGUCCUAUGUACAGUUCUGCCUACUCCUCGUACCAGCUGCACGUGCGCGAGGCGUUCGAGGGUCUGCUCCUCAAGUAUGGAGUUGAUGCCUACCUUUCUGGUCACAUCCAUUGGUACGAGCGUCUCUAUCCUCUGGGAGCCAACGGCACCAUCGAUACCGCCGCCAUCGUCAACAACAACACGUACUAUGCCCACAACGGCAAGUCCAUCACCCAUAUCAUCAACGGCAUGGCCGGCAACAUCGAGAGUCACAGCGAAUUCAGCGACGGCGAGGGUCUGACCAACAUCACCGCCCUGCUGGACAAGGUCCAUUACGGCUUCAGCAAGCUGACUAUCUUCAACGAGACUGCUCUCAAGUGGGAGUUGAUCCGUGGCGAUGAUGGCACUGUUGGUGACUCGCUGACCCUUCUGAAGCCGUCCCAUGUUGCCGGUGGUAAGAAGUUCCACGCUUGA